AUGGCGCGCGUGGCGCACGUCGUGGCCGACACCGGCGCUUUCCUCAGUGCCGCCCCGCUGCAGGACAUCGCACAGAACCUGUACACCGUGCCCGAGGUGCUGGCCGAGAUCCGCGACAGGCCGACGCGCCGCCGCCUCGCCGCGCUGCCCUGCGAGCUGCGCCUCCGCCGCCCGCGGCCCGACAUCCUGCGCCUCGUGACCGACUUCUCCAAGAAGACCGGGGACUACCCCAGCCUCUCGGCCGCCGACCUGCAGGUGCUCGCCCUCACCUGCCAGCUGCAGGCCGAGACCGACGGCCCCGGCUGCCUCCGCUGGGAGCCCCAGGACAAGGUGCAGCUCAGCUCCACCCCGCGGCACCCCGAGGCCCCCCUGCACCUCGCCGGCUUCCACUUGCCCACCAAGGUAAGGGACAGGGACGCGUCGCCCCAAAGCACGGAGCUGGGGACGGACACAGUCCCAUCUGAGAGCGACGAGUUCAGCUCCUUUCUCUACUGGCGAGCCCCCCUGCCCAGCAUCGAGGAGGAGCUGCAGGAGCUGCUGCACCAGAGCUCUGAGGAUGGGGCCAGUGCUGAGGAAGAGGAGGACGAGGAGAGUGAUGACGAGGGUUGGAUAACACCCAGCAACCUCAAGCAGGCCCAGCAGGACACAGGGCACUGUGACACUGCUCCUGUUGGUGUCCAGGUCGGCUGCGUCACCACUGACUUUGCCAUGCAGAACGUGCUGCUGCAGAUGGGCCUCCACGUGCUGGCGGUGAACGGCAUGCUGAUCCGCCAGGCCAGGAGCUACAUCCUCCGCUGCCACGGCUGCUUCAAGACCACUUCGGACAUGACCAAGGUUUUCUGUCCCCACUGCGGUAACAAGACCCUGAAGAAGGUCGCAGUGAGCGUCAGCGAUGACGGGAGCCUCCACAUGCAUUUCUCCCGCAACCCCAAGGUGCUGAACCCCCGGGGGCUCAGGUACCCACUGCCAGCCCCAAAAGGAGGGAAGCACGCAAACAACCCUCAUCUGGUGGAAGACCAGCCCUUCCCGCAGCAGCGGCUGUCCCGCAAGGCCAGGCAGAAGACCAACGUCUUCGACCCCGACUACAUCGCCGGGGUCUCGCCCUUUGCAGAAAAUGACAUCUACAGCCGCGCAGCCAAUUUGCAAAUCCGGGAUGCGGCCCUGGGUGCUGGCAGGAGACGCCUGAACCCCAAUGCCGUGACAAAGAAGUUUGUGAAGAGGAGGUGAAGAGUGGGACGGGGCCCCUGCAGCUGGUGCGUUGCGUGUUGCUGCCCGACGCCUGACUGCUCAGGGAGGGUGAGUCCUCUCCCAGCAUCCUUCCGAAGGCAGCCGCCCUGGGCAGGGGCCCGGCCUUUCCUUCCACGCUUCCCUGGUGCCUGAAGAGCAGCCAGGACUGGGGGUGACAGCCGUCGGGUUUGGGGAGGCUCUGACCCGGGAUAGCCUGCCAGAACCAGGGGAGCUGGGCGAGGCCGUGGCUCCCCUGCUUGGCCCCCAGGACCCCCAGGCAAUGGCUUCGUUGCUAAUAAACACAAAACCUGCA